AUGAAUCCCGCCCGUGUCCGUCGUUUGGAGCGCUGGCUGUCGGUGCUGGCAAUACGUCUCGGCGUCCCGCUGUCUGCUGCGCAAGUCGGCAAAUUCGCCAACCAAGAAACCACCGUCGAAAUCAAGGUGUCCGUCCGCGAGGAAGAUGUCUUUAUCAUUCAAAGUGGCUAUGGAGAGGUCAAUGACAUGAUCAUGGAGCUGCUGAUCAUGAUCAACGCCUGCAAGACUGCAUCUGCCAAGCGCGUUGUGGCCGUCAUCCCAUACUUCCCUUACUCCAAGCAGAGCAAAAAGAAGGCUGCUCGCAGCGCCAUUCCCGCCAAGCUGCUGGCGAUGAUGCUCAAGGUGGCCGGUGUCACCCAAGUUGUCACACUGGAUUUGCACGCUACCCACAUCCAGGGCUUCUUUGACUUCCCGAUCGACAACCUUUCCUCCAAGCCUUUCAUCGUCAAGUACAUUCGCGACCGCAUUCCUGACUCGCAAACCGCCGUCAUUGUUUCCAAGAACGCCGGCGGCGCAAAGCGCGUCACUUCGAUUGCCGACGAGCUGCGUCUCGAUUUCGCCAUUGUCCACCAAGAUGCUGGACACUCACACAUUUCGCAGCCUGCUGACGGAGAGCACGGCGAGCUUGUUCUAGUUGGCGAUGUGAAGGGCCGCGUUGCCAUUAUUGUGGACGACCUCCUUGAUUCCGCCAAAUCGUUCGCAUCAGCUGCAACGCUUCUCAAGAAGCGCGGCGCUACCAAGGUCUAUGGCCUGGCAACGCACGGCUUGAUGUCUGGCGAUGCGCUGGACAUUCUGAACAACUCUGACGUUGACGAGCUGGCAGUCACCAACUCAGUCCCGGUGGCUGACAAGGUGGCUCUCUGCCCCAAGCUCAAGGUGAUUGACGUUACUCCGCUGAUUGCCGAGGCCAUCCGUCGCAUCCACAAUGGCGAGUCGGUGUCGUGCUUGCAACAGCAAGUGCCUCUUUAAAAGCGGGAGAACUGCCUUUUUCCCCUCGCCCCUCCCUUGGCAUUUCUGUGUCAAUCAGUGUAUCCUCUUGUGCAGCUGUCUCUUGAUGUUGUAGUUGUGUUUGUAUGAUAUCCGUGUAUCUGGAAAUAUCAGUCAAACAUCCAAAAAUUCCC